AUGGAUAAUACAGAAAAUAAUGACGAAGUCGAAUUAAAAUCAAUUCCUUUGUCUCCAAACAAAACACAAGAAAACAGUAAUAUUACUCAAGAUAAUAGUGAAAAGCAUGAAUCAAUUGGAAUUGAAAUCAACUAUGAUCUAGCAUCACAUAUUAAAGAAAAUUUACCACCAGAAAAAACAGGUUUAUAUGUACAAGCCCACAAUUUAAACUAUUAUGUACCAAAACCAAUCAAAAAAGGGGAACCAGAGGAAAAUAAAAAAUUAUAUCUAUUAAAAAAUUUAACUUUUACAAUGGAACCUGGGCGUAUGGUUCUUUUAAUGGGUAUUCCAGGUUCAGGUAAAAGUGUGUUAUUAAAAACAUUAGGAAAUAGAUUAGGCAAAGGUUCAAUUGAAGGUGAGUUAUUAUUCAAUAGACAUCCAUGUGCACCAUCAACACAUCAAAGAGAUACAAUUUAUGUUUCACAAGACGAUAGACAUAUAGCCUUAUUGACCGUCAAAGAAACUUUAGAGUUUAGCGCAAAUUGUAAUAUGGGUGAAAUGGUUGACGAAGAAUCAAAAAAAGAAAGAGUCAGAUUAAUUUUAGAGCAAUUGGGCCUUUCACACACUUCAAAUACAAUUAUUGGUAAUCAAUUUUUCCGUGGUAUUUCAGGUGGUCAAAAGAGAAGAGUUACAAUUGCAAAUGAGUUUACUAAAUGCCCAAAUAUGAUUUUAAUGGAUGAGCCAACUACAGGUUUGGAUAGUGCUACAUCAUAUAAUGUUUUAAAUAAAGUAAAGUCCAUUGCAAAUGAAGCCAGAGCAUCAGUUAUGGUAUCACUUUUACAACCAUCACCAGAGUUGACCAAUUUGUUUGAUGAUGUUUUAAUUUUAGGUGAAGGUGGUACAUUAGUUUAUUUCGGUCCAUUAGAUUCUUUACUUGGUUACUUUGAAUCCGUUGGUUUAGCACCAUUACCAGAACAACCAUUGGCAGAAUUUAUUCAAGAGAUUACAAUUGACCCAUCAAAAUAUGCCAUAGGUGCCGAUAGAAUCCAAAGUCUUAGCAAGAGUCAAGCCUCACAUACCGAUGAUGGCGAAUAUGAUUUAGUAAAGUUUUAUUUAGAAUCACAAAUACAUCAAAAUGUUGUCCAAUCAAUUCCAACACUUAUUCCACAAGACAUUAAACCAUUCGAUUUUUCAAUUCAAGCUGUAGAAAAGGGCAAAGUCGAAAAGUCAUCACUUGCUUAUGAAAUGAAACAAUUACUUGGCCGUCAUCUUAAAGUUAUGAAAAUUAUGAGAAUGCAAUAUGCUACUCGUUUCUUCCAAGCAGUUUUCAUGGGUUGUGUAGUAGGUUCAUUAUUUGUUGACAUGAGUUUAUCUCAUGCCGAUGCUAGAAAUCGUUUAGGUUUAAUUUAUUUCUCCAUGGUAUUACAUAUUUGGACUACUAUUGGCUCAGUAGAAGAAUUUUACACUUUAAGAGGUAUCUUUGACGAUCAAAAGGAUGGCAAAUAUUAUAGAAAUUUCCCAUAUUUCAUUACUUUAGUUAUUACCAAAAUCCCAAUAUCUUUAAUCGAGUCUUUAUUGUUUAGUAUAUGCUGUUAUUGGAUUGCAGGUUUCAGAGCGAGAGCAGAUAGUUUCUUUAUUUUCGUUCUAGGUUUGGCUCUUACCAAUGUUAUUGCUCAAGGUAUUUUCCAAGUUACAUCCGUAUUUGCAUCCACUCAAUUAUUAGCAAGUUUAAUCUGCCCAGCUAUUGUAGUCUUGUUUAUGAUUAUGUGUGGUUACAUGAAACCAAUCCCAGAAAUUGGAGGUUGGUGGAUUUGGUUAAAUGCACUAUCGCCUCUUCGUUAUGUUAUUGACAUGCUUGCAUCCAACGAGUUACACGGUCUUGUAUUUAGUUGUGCACCAAACGAGCUUGUUCCACCACUUGAUAUCGCCAUUGCCGAAUACAAUGGUCAACAAACAUGCCAACCACUUGACGGUGAUGCCAUUCUUCAUCAAUUUGGUUUCUCUGAAAACUACUAUAUGCGUUUCGUCGAUAUUGUAAUUAUUUUAGGUUUUGCUUGUACAUUCUUUUUUAUCUUCUUUUUAGGUAUUAAAUAUGUACGUUUCGAAAAUAAAGCUCCACCAAAAGUUAUCAAUUUAAAGAAAAAGAAAGAAGGAAAAGAAAAGAAAGCUAAAGAGGUCAAGCAUAAAUGGAAUGGUUGUUAUAUGACUUUCCAAGAUUUAAAUUAUACAGUAGAUGCUAAAAAGAUCAAUCCAACUACCAACAAAAAAGAAAAUGUUACUCUCGAACUCUUAAAAGAUGUUAAUGGUUAUGUUGUACCAGGUAUGUGCGCUUUAAUGGGUCCAUCAGGUGCUGGUAAAUCAACUCUUAUGGAUGUCCUCGCCAAAAGAAAGAAUGUUGGUAUUGUCACAGGUGAUAUUAGAAUCAAUGGUACCGAUGUCAAUGAUAUUAAUAUUACUCGUUUCACUGGUUACGUCGAACAACAAGAUAUUCUAUCUGGUAAUUUAACUAUUCGUGAAGCUAUUGAAUUUAGUGCAAAUUGUCGUUUACCACCAUCAUACGCCGAAAAAGAUAGAGUUAAGCUUAUCGAUGAAAUUCUUCAAGUUCUUAGUUUAACCAAAUUACAAAACACCACUAUUGGUCCAAAUCCAACUCUUGGUAUCUCAUUAGCAAAUCGUAAAAAAGUUUCAAUUGGUAUCGAAUUAGCAUCUGAUCCUCAUUUACUCUUCCUUGAUGAACCAACCUCAGGUUUAGACAGUGCUGCAGCCCUCAAAGUUAUGAAUUGCGUUAAAAAGAUUGCAGACUCUGGUAGAACUGUUAUCUGUACCAUCCAUCAACCAUCACAAGAAAUUUUUGAAAAGUUCGACCAACUUUUACUUUUAGAUAAGGGUAAAGUUAUUUAUUUCGGUCCAACUGGUGAAAAUAGUACUUCAGUUAUCAAUCAUUUUAGUAAUGCAGGUUAUCAAUAUCAAGAAGGUAGAAAUCCAGCUGAUUACAUUUUAGAAAUUGCAGAACACCCACCAAGCAAUGGUCAAUCUGCUAGCGAAUAUUUUAAAUCAUCCAACUUCUAUUCAGAUUCAGUUAAAAGAUUAAGUGAUAAAGAUAUUGUUCCAGAAGGUGUAGAGGUACCAAAAUAUAAAGGCAAAUACUCAGCUCCAAUCGGAGCUCAAUUAAAGAGUCUUAUUAAAAGAGCUUGGCUUAAUCAUGUUCGUCGUCCACAAACCAUUCUCCUUAGAUUCCUUCGUUCCUUUGUCCCAGCUAUUGUUGUAGGUACAUUGUUUGUUCGUCUUGGUUACAGUCAAAACGAUGCUAGAAAUAAAAUUGCAAUGAUUUUCUUAGGUUUCUUAUUUGGUGGUAUGGCUUCAAUUGGUAAAGUUCCAACUGUAAUCGAAGAUCGUUCAGUUUAUUACAGAGAAUCAUCCGCAGGUACCUAUCCAGCUCAUUUAUAUCUUUUAUCAGUGGUAAUUACCGAUUUACCAAUGAUGAUGCUCACCGCUUUCUCAUAUUGGAUCCCUACAUUCUUCUUAACUGGUCUGGAUGAAGGUCAUGAUGGUUGGAAAUUCUUUUACUCUCUUUUGGUAUAUCUUUUAGUUAUUAUGUGCUAUGACAGUUUGGCAAUGGUUUUCGCUUUAACCCUUCCAACAAUUCCAAUUGCCACAUUGGUUUGUGGUGUAGGUCUUAACUUUUUAGGUUUGUUUGGUGGUUUCUUUAUUCCAAAAACAUCAAUUAAAAGGGGAUGGAUUUGGAUGCAUUAUCUAGUUUUCUCGAAAUAUGGUCUGGAAUCUCUGGCUGUAACCGAAUUAAACGGUCAAGAUUUUGUUUGUAAAGAAGGUGAAUACGCUUUAAUCAACAUCGAUCCAACUGGUAACAAUACAAUGAAACCAUUCUGUCCAAUUCCAAAUGGUGAAACUAUUCUUAAUCAAUACGGUUUCAGUUUCGAUAGACAAUUUUAUAAUUGUAUUAUUUUAUUCGGUUAUUUCAUUGGUUAUACAUUUAUUGGUUAUUUAGCUCUUAGAUAUAUUAAUCAUAUGAAGAGAUAAAAAGAAAAAAUUAUUUAAAUAAAUAAAAUUUAAAAAAUAAUACCAUUU